AUGUGGGGUUGCGGCUUCGAUGAACAUGACGAGGAAUCUACUGAUCUAGCUGUCAUCAAGCAGCAAUUCAUGCAUGAACCAGUAAUAAGCUCUUUUGCUUUUCCACAACCUCCCCUGGGCAUACAGGCGAAAGACUUUGUGGCAACCCAUUUUGGUAAGGAUGCCAAGAACAUGCAGUUCCGGAAGGGUACAACUACUCUCGCUUUCAUUUAUGAGCCUGCUACAGCCAAUGACAAAGCUUCGAAGUCAGUUAUGAAGAUUUUGGAUAUUGGUGACCGUAUGGUCGCUACAAUGGCCGGAGGUGCUGCAGACUGCCAAUUUUGGACGCGAACUGUUGCCAAGUACUGCAACCUGUUUGAACUACGGGAAAAAACUCAAAUUACUGUGAGCGCUGCCAGCAAAUACUUUGCCAAUGUUCUUUAUGGAUACCGUGGCAUGGGACUAUCUGUGGGUUCGAUGAUUGCUGGUUAUGACAAGAGAGGGCCGCAGAUUUUCAAAGUUGAUAGUGACGGUGACAGGUGCCAGUUGCACAUGUGUAGCGUUGGUUCUGGCUCUUUGAAUGCUUAUGGUAUCCUCGACACACAUUACAAGCCAAAAAUGACUGACGAAGAAGCUCUGAAGUUAGGUCGCCGGGCAAUCAUGCAUGCAACCUACAGAGAUUCUGGGUCUGGCGGCGUGUGUAAUUUGGUGCACAUCACUCCAACCGAGAAACAUCGUCUUCCACCGAUCGAUGUGAGCAAGUUGUGGUAUGAGUUCUCGGACGAACUUGGUCGUGACAUUGUGUAUGAACCUCGUGAUGAUUGA